GACCAUCUGUUUGUUUCUAGUAUCUCUCCAUAACCAACGAUCAAUGUCGACCCUUGCAACAAUGCCUUUGACCAGGCAAAACAGAGCCCUCUUCGCUGACUACGGCGUAGAUGAGAGAGCCCUCGUUAUCCCCGAGAACCUCAAACCCAUCAUGCCAGCUGGAAUACAGGAUGAAAUGAUGAAGUGCCUGCACGAGGCGAUCGCAGUUCUGCAAGCACGGGAACUCUACAGGCCGCGAUUCGAGCAGAAGUACGCUGAGCGCUUCGAUCAUUUGUGCUCAGCAGGUGGUGAGAUAUACAAGCAGCACAUGGAGUCCGUGCGAGCGAUUCAGCACUGUGUCCCGCCCAGGAAGAUCCCCAAAAACAUGGUCCACUUGACCCCGUUCGGACACGAUUAUGGGGUAUUCGUAUAUCGGGAAAAUAUGGCUCUGAAGUAUGUGGAGCUGGGAAAAUUGCCAAAAUACAACGAUGCUGUUGACCGAGUGGAAGCAAUCAUGAAAGACGAGCUUGUCGGGGACGCGUGCAUGGCAUCGCUUUCCUGGUGGAGGUCGGUCUUCCUUGGAGAAAUGCGAAAGUUGAUCCAUGGGAGAGAGCGCAUGUAUAUGCCGACGCAGGAGGCCACUGUCAAGGAAUUCUGCGAGUUGAUCAGGGAGAGAGUCGAGGAUGGGGACCAAGUGGCUGAAAGAUUUGAGAGGGAGGCUGGUGCAUACUAG